GUCUUCCCCAAAUUGCUUGUUCUUUCUCCCCGUUCAGUGUGAAGUGCUGCUGCAAACCCUCUUAAACCCUAGCACGCACAUUUCAUCCAUGUGACUUCCGAUUCGAAGCAAUUGUAUUUCUGUGUCUCGGCGAAAAGCUUUCACCUUUGCUGAGUUCUUCUCCCUCAUCUGCUCACAGCUGGAUCAUUUUGUGUAAUUGUGUGAAAUGGACAAUAAUUCUCAACCCCCCAGUAUGCAGUUUCGGCAAGUCAUUCAAGGUCAGCAAGGCCAACAAUUUGUUCAAAUGACUUCACAACAAUUUGGACAUGCAGGACAUGCCAUUGCUUCUUCAAAUGUUGGGAUGCCCGUCGUACAGGGUCAGCAAUUGCAAUAUUCUCAACCAAUGCAACAGUUGGCUCCAAGACCAAUUCAGCCUGGUCAUCCUGCUUCUUCAUCACAGUCUAUGCCCAUGCCAUAUAUCCAGAACAGGCCGCUUACAUCUUUUCCACCACAUUCACAGCAAACUGUUCCUCACCCAAGCAAUCAUAUGCCUGGCUUGCCUGUUUCAGGAGCACCUACUCAUUCUUCAUACACUUUCACACCAUCUUAUGGUCAGCAGCAAAAUAAUGCUAAUGCAUUGGUCCAAUACCAGCAUCCGCCUCAUACGCAUGCACCUCCUGCAGGACAACCUUGGCUGCCUUCAGUGUCUCAGAGUGCUGCUGCUGUUACGUCAGUGCAGCCUGCUGGAGUGCAACCAUCUGGUACUACAUCAACUGAUGCAGCAACUCCUGCUACGAACCAGUCGUCCGCUUCUGAUUGGCAAGAACAUACUUCUGCUGAUGGAAGAAGAUAUUAUUACAACAAGAGGACAAGACAGUCUAGUUGGGAGAAACCUUUGGAAUUGAUGUCACCUAUUGAGAGGGCUGAUGCAUCAACUGUCUGGAAAGAAUUUACUUCUUCAGACGGAAGAAAGUAUUAUUACAACAAGGUUACUCAGCAAUCAACGUGGUCAAUACCAGAGGAACUCAAGUUGGCUCGCGAGCAGGCACAUAGAGAAAUGAACCAGGGAAUGCAGUCAGAAACAAGUGAUACAUCCAAUACUGUUGUUUCCACUGCUGCAACAUCAGCAGCCACAAAUGCAGCUAGCUCCAACACUUCUCUGACAUCUAGUGGGCUUGCUUUAAGCCCAUCUCCAGUCACACCAAUUGCAGCCACUGAUCAGCAGCUGUUGGUUUCUGGAUCCAUAGUUACUUCAAACCCAACAGGAGUUGAACCAAGCAAUGUGGCAACUAUGAGCACUGUGCCUACAACAGUUGCAGGAAGCUCAGAAGUAGCUGCAAAGUUGCUUGAUUCUAAAAUGCCAUCCAUUAUUGAAAAUCAAGCAUCUCAAGAUCUUGGUUCUGUUAAUGGAGCUUCUCUUCAAGAUGUUGAGGAAGCCAAAAGAGGAUUACCUGUUGUUGGAAAAGUUAAUAUAACUCCACCUGAGGAGAAAACUAAUGAUGAUGAAACCUUGGUAUAUGCAAAUAAGCAGGAAGCAAAAAAUGCAUUUAAAGCGUUUCUGGAAUCUGUGAAUGUUCAGUCAGAUUGGACAUGGGAACAGGCAAUGAGAGAAAUUAUCAAUGACAAAAGAUAUAAUGCUCUAAAAACACUUGGUGAGCGAAAGCAAGCUUUUAAUGAGUAUUUGGGCCAAAGGAAGAAGCUAGAGGCUGAAGAGAGGCGCAUGAAGCAGAAAAGAGCCCGCGAAGAAUUCACAAAGAUGUUGGAAGAUUGCAAGGAACUUACAUCAUCUACAAGAUGGAGCAAAGCUAUAAUUAUGUUUGAAAAUGAUGAACGAUUCAAUGCUGUUGAAAGACCAAGAGAUCGUGAAGAUUUAUUUGAAAGCUACUUGGUGGAACUAGAGAGAAAGGAAAAGGAAAAGGCCGCAGAGGAACAACGGCGGAAUAUAGCUGAAUAUAGGAAAUUUCUGGAGUCCUGUGAUUAUGUGAAGGUGAACAGUCAAUGGCGAAAAAUCCAAGAUCGGUUAGAGGAUGAUGAUAGAUACCUGCGACUUGAAAAACUUGACCGCUUGCUUGUUUACCAGGACUAUAUUCGUGACUUGGAGAAAGAAGAAGAGGAACAAAAAAGAAUACAUAAGGAUCGAGUCCGUCGAGGUGAAAGGAAAAAUCGUGAUGCCUUUCGCAAGUUGCUGGAAGAACAUGUUGCUGCUGGAGUCCUUACUGGUAGAACUCAAUGGCGAGAAUAUUGCUUGAAGGUAAGGGAUUUACCUCAAUAUCAAGCUGUUGCAUCAAAUACGUCUGGUUCUACUCCAAAAGAUUUAUUUGAGGAUGUUGCUGAAGAUCUUGAAAAACAGUAUCAUGAAGACAAGAUACUCAUAAAAGAUAUCAUUAAGUCGGGCAAGGUCACUGUGGUAACUACAUCAGUAUUUGAGGACUUUAAGCUUGCUGUAUUAGAAGAAGCUGCUUGCCAAAGAAUAUCUGAGAUCAAUUUGAAGCUUUUAUUUGAAGAGUUGUUGGAGAGAGCUAAGGAGAAAGAGGAGAAAGAAGCCAAGAAGCGCCAACGCCUUGCUGAUGACUUCACUAACCUGCUAUAUACAUUCAAGGAGAUUACAAUUACUUCAAAAUGGGAGGAUUGCAAACCACUUUUUGAGGAAACACAAGAGUACAGAUCAAUUGGUGAUGAGAGCUAUAGUAGAGAAAUUUUUGAGGAAUACAUUACAUACUUAAAGGAGAAAGCUAAAGAGAAGGAACGGAAGCGUGAAGAGGAAAAGGUCAAAAAGGAAAAAGAAAGGGAAGAGAAAGAGAAACGGAAGGAGAAGGAAAAAAAAGAGAAGGAUAGAGAACGUGAGAAAGAAAAGUCUAAGGAACCAAUCAGGAAGGAUGAAACAGAUAGUGAUAAUGAAGACAUAACAGACAGCCAUGGUUACAAAGAGAAGAAAAAAGAAAAGGAUAAGGAAAGGAAACAUCGGAGAAGGCGUCAAAGCAGUAUAGAGGAUGUCGAUUCUGAGAAGGACGAGAAAGAAGAGUCUAGAAAAUCACGAAGGCAUGGCAAUGAUCGCAAAAAGUCGAGGAAGCAUGCGAACUCUCCUGAAUCAGACAAUGAAAGCCGACAUAAAAGACACAAGAGGGAGCAUUGGGAUGGUUCCAGGAGAACUGGAGGACUUGAGGAGCUUGAAGAUGGGGAGCUCGGCGAUGAUGCAGAGCAGGAGAAGAGUGCUUUGAAAGAAUAGCUUGCGAGAACUCUCCUAAAUCAGACAAUGAAAGCCGACAUAAAAGACACAAGAGGGAGCACUGGAAUGGUUCCAGGAGAAUUGGAGGACUUGAGGAGCUUGAAGAUGUGGAGCUCGGCGAUGAUGGAGAGGUUUAGUAGUUUUUGAGAGAACAUUGACUUUCAUUGUCCAAUAACUUCUUGUUACUUACUCAUUAAGACACACCUGUGAAUUUUUGGAUCAUCAAAUGUAAAAAGAAAUCUUUUGAUUUUUGUUUUAGUUUUUAUUAAUUUUCGUGUUCAACUUAUAUGAGGAGAGGAGUGCUUUGAAAGAAUAGUUGCAAAAUUGUAUCAUAAACUUUCAUUUAUGUGCUCAACGCUUGCAGAUUAUGUGCUUAGAUCUCUUUGACAUGGGGGGAAAUAGUAAAGAUUUGAGUAAGAAAUUUUAUAUAU